CAGCCGAAGGAGCAAUACCUUAGGGGGCUCUUGCAAGGGACUGGGACCAAAAUCUAAGCCCCCACCCCUCCUCCUCUUCCCGCGCCCCCUCCCCGGUCCCGCGGCCCCCGUGCACACGCCUCCCCGAGCCCCGGACCUUGACACGCAUCGCGGUCCGGUUUUCAGAGCCGCGGAAAGCAGAGAGGGCGAGAGGCAGCCCGAAGUCUCGCUCGGUUGGCCCCAAGAGAUGGUUGUGGACCUGAAUGCUUCUGAGCUCUUCACAGUGGUUGGACUAUUGGGACUCUAAGAGACUCUACUGAGAGCCAUCGUUCACUGCCUGGGGUGUCCCCCUUUUUCUUCCCAACGUUCCCCCUCCACCCAAGGAAACCUACCAUGGACCGGGGGAUUGCCAUGGAGCCACGGGAGAACCUGGGCACUUCCCGGCAAAGGGGAGGCGAGACGGAUUUCUUGGGAUCCGCCAUUGCUUCUGCAAAGGCCCCACCUGCUCCUGGUGGUGCGGGAGAGCCUCUGCUGUCCUGCUCGGCCUCUGCAAAAGGAAUCCCGGUGAGCGGUGAUCGUAUGGAGGCCGAAGAAGAGGAUGAACUUUGCUCCGGACGAGAUGUGGAUUCCACUUCCAAUGCAGACAGUGAGAAGUGGGUGGCUGGAGAUGGUCUGGAGGAACAGGAGUUUUCCAUCAAGGAAGCUAACUUCACAGAGGGAAGCCUUAAGUUGAAAAUCCAGACGACAAAGAGAGCCAAGAAGCCCCCCAAGAACCUGGAGAACUAUAUAUGCCCACCCGAGAUCAAAAUCACCAUUAAACAGUCCGGGGAGCAAAAACUUUCCAGAGCUGGGAAAAAUAGCAAAGCAGCUAAAGAGGAAGACAGACAACACUCCAAGAAGAAGGUUUACGAAAGGCUGCAGAAGCAUUCUGCUGUGCGUUACGAUCCAGGCCUGCCGCAGGACUUCACCAGUGACCCCUUAAAAUCACGGCACCAGCAAAAAAGCAACAACCAGCAUCAUAUCGAUUGGCCAAUGAGCUCUGAAUCCGGAGCAGCCUCCCAAACCUGCUUCAUGGCCCCCGAGCCAAACCGGGAAGCUGCCAGUGCCAUCAAGAUCCCUACUUUGGAGCCGGGUGUAUCGUUCAGCAAGUCCCAAGCUAAGAAAUCCAAUGCCAGCAACACGUGGGGUCAGUUGCCAAGCAGUAGUAGCAAAGACCACAUCAUCUGCAGUGCAGCCCCGGCCUCAAAUCCACUCAGUGUAACUUCCCAGCCUAACGCUCUACCUGAUUGCAAUGGCUUUUCACCACUCGGGAGUCAAGAGGGAGGGGGGAAAGCGGACAGCCUCGACCAGCCUGCUGGCAGCACAAAGAAGAAAUCCAGCAAAAAAGACUUAAUCAACCAAACCGUCCAAACCGCAGAAAUAGAGUGGGUGAAAAGUGUGCAGAAGCCGUUUGAAGCCAAAACCCAUGACAGCAUGGAAGGGAAAAAGGAAUCCAGUGCAACCAAACCAUCACCCCCCAGGCAAAGCCCAAACACCGCCGGCAGUUCGGAAAACAACGUCAGUCAUGUGCGGAUCACGAUCCCCGUCAAGACACCCACGGCGGAGCUGCCCGGUCACAAGAGAAAGAAACGGCAGUCUGCGAAAAUGCCUAUGGACAGGAAUGUCACAGAGAAACCCCCACUUUCUGGGCAUUCUGUGAGCAGCGAUGUAGGCAGUAGAACCCACUCGCCGUCAGAGGCGUGCAAGAAAGAACUGCAAGUCACAAAGCAAGUCAAACCCACUGAGAGUGAGCCUGCGUUAGCGCCAAUGGAAAGUACCGAAUUGAUCAGUAAGUCUCCCACACCCAAUGCGACCAGACUCCGGAAGUCCACAGCGGUGACAUCUGCCCCAGGGACCACUGAUAUCCCUAUGGCCAGCAAGCCACCGGUUCAGCACCCAAAGUUUUCAGCAAAACGAAGGUGGACUUGCAGCAAACCUAAAAAUAUGCUCCAGGAACCUUCCCUGGGCCCCUCUGAGAAACUGAUGGUAGAACCUCCCUCAGCAUAUCCCAUAACGCCAUCGAGUCCUCUGUAUACCAAUACAGACAGUCUUACUGUGAUUACUCCCAUCAAGAAGAAGAGGGGGCGACCAAAGAAACAACCUUUGCUCACGGUUGAGACCAUCCAUGAAGGAACAUCCACCAGCCCGGUCAGUCCCAUCAGUCGGGAAUUUCCUGGUACCAAAAAAAGGAAGAGGCGACGGAACUUGGUGAAGCUGGCCCAGAUGGCUCCAGGUGAGGAGAGUUCCAUCAGUGAGCUGAAAUUCCACAAAAAGGUUGGCAAGCUUGGUGUGUUGGACAAGAAGACCAUCAAGACCAUCAACAAAAUGAAGACCCUCAAGAGGAAGAACCUUUUGAGCCAGAUCUUAUCCUGCUCCAGUAAUAUUGCUCUGAAAACGAAAGUGCAGCCACCAGCCAGUACGGGGUCUCCAACCAUUGACGCCCGGCUCGGGAAGCAAAUAAAUGUGAGCAAGAGGGGGACUAUCUACAUUGGCAAGAAAAGGGGAAGGAAGCCCAGGUCUGAGUUGCAGCCCCCAAUGGAAGAACCGAAAACAGCCAUCAAGCAUUUGAGGCCUGUAUCCAGCCAGCCAGAAAAGCCAGCAGUGCCUUCCACCCUGCAGUCUCUCGUGGCGACGUCACCAGCAGUUCUUCAUCCGCUCUCGACACAGUUAGUUGGAUCCAGCGGCAACCUAAGCCCUGCCAGCACUGAAACCAACUUUUCCGAGUUAAAGACUAUGCCAAAUCUGCAGCCCAUCAGCGCUCUUCCCACAAAAACCCAGAAAGGAAUACACAGCGGGACUUGGAAGUUGUCCCCACCCAGGCUCAUGGCAAAUUCUCCGUCCCACCUUUGCGAUAUCGGUUCCCUGAAGGAAGUCACGCUGUCUCCAGUGAGUGAAUCUCACAGUGAGGAAACCAUACCGAGUGACAGUGGGAUUGGAACUGACAACAACAGCACUUCUGACCAAGCAGAGAAGACUUCGGAAUCUCGUAGAAGAUACUCGUUCGACUUCUGCAGCCUGGACAAUCCGGAGGCCAUCCAGUCUGACACCAGCACUAAAAACAGGCAUAGUCACCGGCAGAAGCACCUGAUCGUUGAUAACUUCCUCUCCCAUGAGGCCAUGAAAAAACCAAAGCACAAGAGGAAGAGGAAAAACCUGCAGAACAGAGAUGACCUCCAGUUCCUGGCGGAUUUGGAAGAGCUUAUCAGCAAGUUUCAAGUCUUCAGAAUUUCUCACAGGAGCUACACAUUUUACCAUGAAAAUCCAUAUCCCAGCAUUUUUAGGAUUAACUUCGAUCACUAUUACCCUGUGCCAUAUAUCCAGUAUGACCCAUUGCUGUAUCUUCGCAGGACCUCUGACAUGAAGUCUAAGAAGAAGCGUGGUAGACCUGCCAAAACCAAUGACACCAUGACGAAGGUGCCUUUCUUACAAGGGUUUGGUUACCCUAUUCCCAGUGGGAGUUACUAUGCACCCUAUGGAAUGCCUUACACGUCAAUGCCUAUGAUGAAUCUUGGUUACUACAGUCAGUACCCAGCUCCCUUGUACCUGUCCCACACGCUCGGAGCCGCCUCUCCAUUUAUGAGACCUGCUGUUCCCCCUCCCCAGUUCCACGCCAGCCCCCACAUGAAGAUGCCCAAUACAGCCAAGCAUAAAGUGAAGCAUGGCGUCCAUCUGCAAAGCCCGGUGGGGAUGGGCCUUGGAGAGGUGCACCCCUCCCUGGCCUCAGCAAAGGUCGCAGGGACAAACAUGCCAAGUGGCCGACUCCACAAAAGGAAACACAAACACAAGCACAAGCACAAGGACGAGCGGAUACUGGGGGCCCACGAUGACCUGAGCAGUCUCUUUGCGAGCAAGUCAGCUGGCUUCUCUAACCACUCAGUAAGUGAAAGAUUAAAUGUCUCAGACAAAGACCUCUCCUUGCUGAAUGAGAAAAGCAAGCAUAAAGAGAAGCAGAAGCACCAGCAUUGUGAAGUGGGGCACAAAGUUUCCAAGAGCAGCUUUGAAGUGGAUACCUUGUCUACGCUGUCGCUCUCUGAUGCCCAGCAGUGGGUGCCGAGUAAGGAUAAAGGCGACUUGAGUAAUGAUCCUGUUGACUCGUGCUUGAAGAGGUACUCUGGGAACAACGAGAGCAGCACAAGAUCCGAGUCCUUGGACGUGUUUGGCGAGAUUAAUUCCUUGAGUGAAAAGCGGGACAAUGACGGGAGUGGAAGCAAAAGGAGGAGUUUUGAAGGAUUCGGAACGUACAGGGAGAAGGACCUGCAGACCUUCAGAACGAGUAGGAAGGACAGGAAUGCCUUUGAUUCCUCAGCCACUUCAGGAAUUACCAAUUCCCACCUAAAAUCAGACCAGACCUCCCUUCACAAUAAACAUGAGGGAUCAGCGUCAUCCGUGACGACCCGUCAGAAACCAGCCACUCUUGAUGGCAUUGCCAUGUCCUCAGCCCCAGGAUUCUCCCUCUUACCUUCAACAGCAGCCGUGUCGGAAGCAGCCAGCUCACCGCUCAAAAAACGAUUCAAGCGCUGUGAAAUCGAAGCAAUCCAGUGUGAGGUGCGCAAAAUGUGCAACUACACCAAGAUUCUCUCCACAAAGAAGAACUUGGAUCACGUGAACAAAAUCCUGAAAGCCAAGCGGCUGCAGAGACAAUCAAAGACGGGCAAUAACUUUGUCAAGAAGAAGCGAGGGCGUCCCCGGAAGCAGCCCCUCUCUUUUGAUGAAGACUCCAGAGACCAAAUGCCAGUUUUGGAAAAAUGUGUUGACCUGCCUUGCAAACGAGGUCAAAGAUUCACUCUGAAUCCUGUAAUGUUGGAACAAGCAUCAAGUCAAGAUACAAUUGCUGCCACCAUUGAGGCUGUUAUCCAUAUGGCCCGAGAGACCUCCGAGCCACCCGCUCCGCCGCCGCCUCCUUUACGGACAGUGAGGGUCGGGAAAAGGAAAAACAAAUCGCAGCAGCAUCCUGAGGAAGAGGAGGAUGACGUGAAGGUGAAAAGGCACCGGAAGACUCGAGGGAGUGAAAGCGAAUCCCUUCCCUAGGAGCACGCCUGGCCGACGAGAGGGCCCCGCUGGAUGGGUCGCGCUCUGGGGCCGAUGGACCGGAGCGCUCCGUUGGGCAGGUCUGCUCCAUACCUUGUACAGCAUCAGACUUGCUGUGUAGUCAGUAGCACAUCAGCCAUUAAGAAUUCAGACAGGAAUGACCAGUAAUGAUGAUGAUGAUAAUUACAACAGUGACAAAUCAUUGGCAAUAGCCCUUGGGUUAAGUGUGGUGGAGGGGAUGCAGAGGCAGAUCGUAAGGCCGAGUGAAGGCAUCUCUUUUGCAGAGCUUCUCUGAACAAAAGCCAGCAUUUUUCUUGUGUCUCAGAAAGGAAAGGGGUUCACACCAAGUCUCUUGAGCAUCACCCAUGGCAGGAUUAACCGUAUCCCUCCUAGGCAAGUCAGCAGCUUUCUUAACGGGGGCCCCUGCUCCUUUGCAAGAGAUACGUGGCCAGGAGAAAUUCACCAGCAGCUACUUUUCCAGUUGCCGCUGUUGCAGGAAAGGAAAAAUUGCACUUACCAGAUUCCUCCUGGCCAGGCAGACAUUAAGGAACGUGGGCCUCUUCCAAGAACACAGUUGACAAUCCUUGGACUUCCACUUCAAAAAUAACACAAAUUCCCCAACUGUGCUCUUGGUUUUAUUUGUUUUGAAAAUACUAUUUAUCAAGUUCGGAUUUAUUUGGUUUGAAACUUUGGGGCAACAUGGAUCCCAAGUGACCUGAAUCGCUAACUCCAAAUCUGACAGUCCCCCGUCCGCCACCACCCUUGUCAAUAUUUUGUCCGAUGCAAAAAGUAAGUAUAGCAAAAUAGCUUAGUAUUUCACAGGACAACAAAGCCCAGCUUUUCUUUUAAAGGUUUUCCCAUGAAGUAACUGGGUGUUCCCAUUGAUGAUAGAAGCAAGGGUUCCCAAUAGCCUAGUCUAUUUGGGGAACAGAAGAUUAUUUGAAACAUAUCAGCAAAGAUCAGAGGAAAUACAGGGAAGAAGUGAAUCAGACAGGAUGCAAGCCUACAAAAUAUUUGCUGUCCAAGGCAAGUCAGUGGAAAACUUAGGGACAGUUUUUUGUGUGUGUCCAAGCAGUGGAGCAAUGCCAUGACUUGGUUUUUUAUAUGGAAAACAGUAGCAGUUGGUUGAAAUAGAAACCAUGCUGAAAGUAAAAGGAGCAGAAGAAAUAUGUCAUUUCAUGAAAGGCAUUUCCUAAAUUAACAUGAAAGAGGAAUAAGUGUUCUUAUCUAAAAUUAUAAUAAUCUAGAUGUUCAAAGGGUAUUAAUAAUGUUGUAUUAAUACCGCAUUGGACAUGGCUUUUUUUCCAAGAUGUGGUUGCCUUAAUAAACUGAAAAAUAAUUUUGGUUUUUUUUCUUUUGUACAUAAUGUAAUUAUUAAAAAGGAGGGAAAAAUCAGUCUGCAUGGAGGAUGUGCGUGACAAAUCAUCUCUUUAAAUUGUCAGUUCAGAUUCAAGUGUACUUUUAUCCACCAAGAUUUUUUAAAGUUCUGAGGCAACUUAGCGUAGUCAAAUCUAGAAAUUAUCAUCAUAAUUUUGCUUUCAAAGUGAAAAAGCAAAACUAUUCCGAUAAAAUGCAAACAUUUUUCGAGAAAGUAUUAUAUCGUUGCAGCAAUGAUACUUUCUUUAAAAAAUAAGUUGCUGAAAUUUAAAACAGUCCUUUCCUUUCCCUUAUCAAUCUUAUUGUGGUAGAAAGAUCUUAACCUGGCAUAGCUGUGACCAUUUUGUGGUCAUGCGGAGAAACAGUGGUUCAGUGAUAAUCAAGAUAAUUGUAGUCUGAAUUCAGAAAAAAAUACAUAUGUUAGCAAUAUUUGAAAUAAGAUGCAGAAGCUUUUUUAAAGCUUUUCCUUGCCUCUGCUAUUUGCAGCUUUCCUGUGACUUUUUUGCAACUUAGGUUUAAGCCUGUUUUUGUGUUACAUGUAGUCAGUCUCAUCGCCAGUAUGGGAAGAUGAAACUCUUCACACAUGUGUGACGCAACGUUCCACAAACAGUUGACUGGCUUGCGUGUCACGCUAAGCCUCUCUCCAGUGGAUGGACAACCCAACUCAGCUUCUUCAGAGUCAGCAGGUUUUAUUCUCCUUCCCAGCAGCCCUUCCCAGCACAGCCUGUCUUGUCUCCCCCUUAGUGGUCCAGUUGCUACCGCUUUUCAUUCCCUCCUAUUUUGGGGGAGUUUAUUUUGAGCUUUAAAAAAUGCUUAUUUGAAGACCCUUUUUUGCACCUGAUUUUUAAAAAUUUGUCGUCAAUUUUCUCAGUGCACAUGUAAGGGCUAAUCCGCUCUGUGUAGUCUUGCCCAGUCAAUUUCAUUGUCAGUUUCUGCUGUCAAAAAGAAGACGACUCUCUAUUUACUUUCCAGCUAUUUUGAGCACUGCUGACCCAUCUGAGUGCCCAGCCGUCAGUCAAACAUAGCUACAAAAGGGGCGGAGGGAGUAGAAUGAAAAGUGCACCCAAAAAGUGCAGGAUUACAACCUUCUCAACGUUUAAGGCUGGAGUGACCGCUCCCAAAAGGGGCGACACUACACCCUCACCCCGUGGUUCCGUGGUGCAUCCAGCCAAACUCUGAACAAUGCACACAUUGAAAGGCUGGGAAGGAAAUUGGAGGGGGAAUUUAAGCAGCUGCAGUAACAGUCAAGUUUCUUAGAUGCGCAAAUGCCCCCUCUGUUUUCUCUUACUAUUACAUUUUUGCAUUAAUAUCACCUUCAAUUUUGGCCUCAAAAAUCAAGUUAUCAAGGCUGAGAAAUGAGUGUUAGUUUUUCCUGCCAUUUUGUCAUUGAUAGAAGGGCCAUGACGGGCAAGAUCACGAAAGUGGGCGGUAGAGGCAGUUGCGGCCCUUGUCACGUGGCUCUGUAGCCAUUCCCCACAACCCACAAUAAAAUGGCCCUGCUGGGUUUGGACAGCACAAGAAGCCAUCAUAGGCAAGAACAACCCAUAAACAAGCCAUGUUCUUGAAAAUAUAUGUCAAGUGCUCCUCGGAAAUUCUGCUGUGUUCAGAUGACGCAGCUACUCGCUGCAGCUGCUUAUACCAGGGUUGGUGUGUUAUGUGGCCUAGAAUAUAGCAGAGCUUCCAGGUGUGGCCUUCCUCUGUGCUCAUUUUGAAUGCCGUAAGUAUACCAGAAACAGGAUUCCAUGACAUGCAUCUGCAUAGGAUCGCAGAGUUUGAAGGAUCCAUGUAAGCUAUUGAGUGCAGCCCCAGUUUAAGUCUCAGAAUCUUGUUUAAAACAUCCCUGGCAGAUGGGUCUUCAGUCAGUGCUUUAGAUCCCACCAUCCUCCCGAAGUAGCUGGUUCCAUUGUCUGACUGCUGUGAACACCAGGGAAUUUUUCUGGAUGUUCAGCCAAAAUAUACCUUGUGUCCUACAGCCUUGCCUAGUAGAGAACAGUUCCCAGCUCUUUUCUGAAAAGCGCUAACAUAUCCCCCACCCAGUCUUGUCUUCUCUUCUCAAGUCUGUUCCAUCAAAUGAAUGUGGGGUGCUUAGAACCCUCAUUUGUCGAGUUGCACUGGCAGACUCCAAUCCACUGACAGGUUUCUGAGACCCACCCCAAACUUUAUGGUAUUAUUAUUAAUUACAUUUCUUUACCACCUGUGGCCAAUGCUCUCUGGAUAGUUCACCACUUUAAGUCACCCCUCCAGAUUUCAACCAGGCCUGACCCUGCUUAGCUUCCAAGAUUAGGCAGGGUGAUGAGCAGAAUGAGGAACUUGAGGCUAUACAGAAGCUAUGGUAUGGGAGCCCCUUUAGUGUGAUCUAGCAUCACAUGAAAACAGAAACCACAUGAGUCAAGCCCAUACUUUCUGCUGCUCUGCACUCUAGGUCUCAUGUCCACCCAAGAUUGCAAAGCCCCUUUUUCUAUCCAGCUCUCACAGGCUUUAUCACAAAGUCUUGCAUUCAGUUCUAACAAGGAUGAGACCAUACCUGUGUUUCUGGGUUUCUAAUUUCAGAGAACGCCAUGUAUAGCACAGUUGGUUGAUGGUGUGGUCCAGACCAGAAUAGACAGUUAAGGAGUCCUCCUCUCAAGGUGUGUGUCCUGCUGUGAUAAACCCAGUAGAUUUAUCAAACCCUUGCUAGGUGGAGCCACCAUUUGACUUGACAGCUACACCUGUCUGUUUUAUAGGCAGAGACUGGUCUCAAUCCAUUGGAUAUCUUCUGAGUGAUUCCUUGAUCCUAACACUGAAAGGCACCGAUAUCUCUGAAUGCAAAUAGUAAUUCUCAAAAUAGGAACCUCUUGGCACCCCUGAAAGAUUUAAUACAGAGAAGAAUUUGAGAUACAGGUGAAUAUUGUCUUCUGAUUCUCACCACCAACACCAAAACUUUUUAAGUCAGAUUUGGUCCUUUCAGCAUCACUGUAGUGGACAACUUAACUCCCAUCACUUUGGCACAUGUUGGCAACACUCGUGCCCAUGAGCAGCUGUCACAGGGCCAGCGCACGGUUUGGAUGGUUUUGGUGCUUGUCAGCAAAGGCUUGCUAUGAUGUUGCAGAGGAUGGACAUUUUAUCACUGUCAGCCACUGGAUAUAUCUUUUCUCAAAAUAUAUCCGUAAAAUAUUUUGCAUUCACACUCAGAACUGCAAGCAGGUGUUUUACAGAGAUGCAAAGCCGGAUGCCACUUCAUGCUGGGUGAAAAGGAGGCAGCCGUGGCCACUGCAGGGCAGGCAAAGCUGUUCCGCCAUGUUUUCCACGCGCCAUUCUUCCACCAGGAAGCGAUCCAAGACCUUCCUUCCCUAAAAUGGGAGUUAGCACCUCAAAGAAUACGGAAGCUGAAAUUCUGGGUAGCCCUACCUGGGGGUAAGUCCCACUGAACCCAGUGGGGCUGACUUCUGAGUCCCUUGCAUGCGAUGGGACUGAAAGGGUCUGAUGAAACCUUCGAGCUGAUUUGCACUGGCAAAUCAUGUUAGCAACAUCCUUAGGUUAUUUCGGUCUACACUUGCCAUGUAAGACCUGAGCUGCAAAAGCUUCACCAUAUUCAAUGUCUUAUUUAUGUUUUAAAGCAAGAGAGGAAGCCAUGACCGGUUUCCAUCAGAUAUGCAGCUGGGCUUUGAGCCGUAGCUCCCAAAUUCCACAGCAACCCCACCCCCCACCCCAGAAGGCAUUCCGGGGCAACCUUUUCCCCCAAAACCUGCCAGCAGACAUCCAAGGAGAGCAAGGGGGUGCUGACGUCUACGUUUGGCUAAUGACCAGCGAAUUCAGAUUUUGGCUCAGAUGGCAAACUUAGGAAGGACAGUCCGUACAAGAGCAAGGCAAGGCGGCUCAGUGGCAGCUUGACUGCACUUUGUGUACUUUGUCAGUGCCACAUAAAAGUCACAGGCAGAAGACACAUAAGAAAGAAUGUGCUGCGUGCAGAUUAAGGAUUUUUAAUAUUGAGAUUCAAGGCUGCACGGUGCUACACCAUCUUUGAAUAAGACGGAUUUUUUUAAAAAAUCAAUUCCAUCUCCUUGAUGAUCCAAUUCAGGCAAUGUUUAAAUUCCCCAAAUUCAUUCCUCACUACCAAGCAUGUUUAAAACAUACCUAAGAUGAUGUGCAGGUAUCUGGCCCUGUGCCAUUUCUGCAUCUAGAGUAAAGUCCUUUUAAAGGCACACAGAUGAAAAUGUUAAUGGGAAUAAACACUUCAGAUGUCCAUGGUGAUGUUCAGUGUGCAGAAAGCCCUCACUGGAUCAGGGCAAUCAUGCUCCUAGAAUGCAUUAAUGUACCAGUGUUAAUGCUUAACAAAUUAUACAGUCAUUUCAAAAUGCUUCUGGUAUUUCUUUUGGGAUAGAAGAGGAAAGAGUCGGUCCUUACAGAAAUCAGUCUCAGUGAAAAGGCUAGUUGGCUGUGCAAACCAAAAUGUUGAACCAUUCAAGCGUCGGCAUCAGUGAUAGGACACAAGAUGCAAUGUUGGUCCAAGAGCAGUCCCACUCCUGUAUGCGAUUUCUGUUGUUGGCCAUGUCACCCUAAAGUCCACCCACUACCUGCUUUUUGUUUCCCGAAUAAAUUUCAACAGAGCCAAUAUACCGUAUAUUUUUCAGAGCUCUGUAUUGUGGUAAGGACAUGCUUCCUUCCGUUCCCAGUGCAACCUUUUCCCAGAAUGAGGCCUCGUUCUAACAGAGAGAGAGUAAUAUUCAGCUUAGACGUGUCACCCGUCCACAGCAUGGACAUGCAACCAGGACUGAUUGACAUCCCAGUCCUAAAAAUCAUAUAUAUUUGCCCAUCCUCUGAGCACUGUCCUAAGCUUUGCUUGACGCGGGUGUCACCUCUGCGUUUCCUUCAUUCAAGCGGUUCAGUCGCUAGCACAGCAAGUCUUAGGAUUGGGUUUGUUCAUCAGAAAUACAUUUCUCCUGAGGAAACAGAUUCGAGGUUUCCAUGAAAUGCCUGUCUAUUUAAUAACGAAGAAGAUGCCACUUAGAAGCCUCCCUCCUGCCCCUUUCAGAUGGAGAGAAAGAGAGAGAGAGAGAGGAAGAAAGGAAAGGUGAUGCUGAUUUUGUCAACUUGGGAAAGAAAUGGUACCAGCCCAUGUUGAUCGGUUUAUUUUUUUUUAAAUUGCUGUUUCUUAAAUAAUAAUACUAAAUGCACACAAAGUGUUAAAUAUGUAUAUAAUGUAUUUCAAAAAUUUAAAAAAAAUCCUACAAAAAUGAACGGGGCACAAGAUUGUUCUCUAAUUCGUGCUGGCUACUUUUUAGUUUCUAUUCAUAAGUGGUUUUUAAAAGCCUUUUUUAAUGUGUAAUUUGCAUGUUCUACUUUGAUUGUAUGUAAACAUAUUUUAGAGCAAAAAUGUAUUUGUAUUUUAUUGAAUAUAGAGGCAAGACAAAAAAAACUUGUACAUUUGUUUGAAAUGUUCUUUUUGUAACAGUUUUUAUUCAUGAAGCAUUUUUGUACAUUAAAAAAAUGGAUACGGACUUGCUGUUAUUCGAGGGUUAGGUACAUCUGGCAUGCUAAAAUGUCAUGCUUUUUCAUGAUUUUAGAUGUUGGUUUUUAAACAUUUUUUUCUAAAAGGAAGCUCCAGUCUUUUCGCUACCAAAUCAGGUUAGCACAGUAUAGAGCACUUAACUAUUAAAAAAACCAGAAAAAAGAAAAAAAAAGUUAAUCCUAUUCAUAUGUUAUUCAUUGUGUGAAAUUAAAGGAAUUCAAAUCAGUCUACCA